AUGGUUCAACCAGAGCCUCCUAAAUCAUUAGCAAAAGUGAAACAUAUUAUCCUUAUAUUAUCAGGGAAAGGUGGUGUUGGAAAAUCAUCAGUUACUACUCAAACUGCAUUAACUUUGGUUAAUAAAGGUUUCAAUGUUGGAGUGUUAGAUAUUGAUUUAACAGGUCCAUCAUUACCUCGUAUGUUUGGUGUGGAAGAAAAACAAGUUCAUCAAUCAGUGGCAGGCUGGGUCCCUGUGUCAGUAUAUAAUAAUAAUAAUAAUACUGAUGAAAAGAAAAGAGGGAAUUUAUCAUUAAUGUCAUUAGGAUUCUUAUUAGGGAAUAGAAAUAAUUCAGUAGUGUGGAGAGGACCUAAGAAAACAGCUAUGAUACGUCAAUUUUUGAAAGAUGUGGUAUGGAAUGGAGGUAGUAAUAAUGUGCCAUUAGAUUAUCUUUUAAUCGAUACCCCACCUGGAACAUCAGAUGAACAUAUUGCUAUUGCUGAAGAAUUAAGAUAUGCCCAACCUAUAGAUGGAGCUAUUAUAGUGACUACACCACAACAAGUUGCUACUGCUGAUGUUCGUAAAGAAAUCAAUUUUUGUAAAAAGGUUAAUUUUGAUAUUUUAGGUAUAGUGGAAAACAUGAGUGGAUUCAUUUGUCCUCAUUGUGCUGAAUGUACUAACAUAUUCCUGAGUGGAGGAGGUAAAUUGUUAAGUGAACAAUUAGAUCUUACUUAUUUAGGUAACAUACCGAUUGAUCCAAAAUUUGUUGAAUUGAUUGAAUUACAAGAUAAUGAUCAUGAUAAGAAAUUGAUUGAUUUAUAUGAUGAUAGUGAAUUAAAACCUAUAAUGAAUGAUAUAAUAGAUAAGGUAUUGGCAAAGGAUUGUCCUGCACGUUUUUAA